CCGUCAGUUUACUUCCGGUUAGUGAGAGCGAGUUUUGCCCCACGUAAAAUUUCACAGCGUUUCAAAUAUUAGAAAAUACAUAAAGUUCACUAUUGUAAAAAAAAAAAAAAAGAAAUAAAGAAGUAAAUGGAUUUAAAAAUGAGUUCCUCGGAGAUGGAGGAGGGAGAGAGAGCAGGCGGAGGAUGUUUACUGGGGAACUGGGUGGAAGAGAGGGCGACUACAUCACUGGACAACACUGGACCAACAUCUGACAUCCAUAAAAAUGGACACAAGGGCAUCCUCACAGUGGACUUCUCCUCUAAACUGAAUGGGGUUAGUACACUGAAAUCUGCUUUCACCAGCCCUAAAGGCACAUGGGUACGACAGAAAGGAUUACGAUCUGAGCUGCUGCAGAAGCACCUCAUCAAAAGCAUAAGCGAGCAGGUACAUGCAGAGCUCACACCGCAGCCUCCGGCCCCUGAACUGUACUCCGUAACCAGAGCUGAUUACACAGCACAGGGCUUCCAGUCUGUCCAACCAACACCAUCCACGGAUCGUGACUACAGGACCGAUGAGGCCAUCACGUUUUGGAGGGAAAACUUUGACAAGAUUCAGGGUGUGACAGCAGUGAGAAACAGAGAUGCUCCUUUUAAGAAGAACGCCAGUUUCACCACUCCAAUCAGUGAGCGCUUGGACCCCAAUCCUGAGGACUAUACCGAUAUAGAAGAAAUUGUUCACAACACGAGACAAUGACACAACAGCUGAGACGGACGACUGAAUAUUCAAGACAAAAUCAUGGAGGAAUUAUUUGGAUCUUUAUAGCAAUAGUCCCUCGAGUAAAAAAGUAACUGAACAGACAAGCUCCAAACCCUGAUGGUGAAAGUAUAAUGGCCCAGCGGUUAGCACUUCAUCUGGCCAUCAUAGCGAUAUCGGGCGCUAUGGAGUGACAGCAGAGAUCCAUCCAGA